AAAACAAAAUAAGAACCUGAUAUACGCUUUAAUUUUAAAGAUAAUUGUAUGGUUUGCGAGAAUUUGACUGCUACGUUCAGCAGGUCAAACGACUGUGCACAGACAACCCCGUUGCUUGCCACAUUGUCAAGUUCGCUGCAGUUGUCGUUCUUGAGGAACAACAAUUUCGUUUAAUGCAAAUACUUCGAAAUGGUCAAUCGAAAACAGAAACGAAUUACCGACGAUUUUAAGCAGAGAAAACCUCUGUUUAAGAAGAAAUCUAACGUGAAAAAAGAGAAAACCAGUUUGCAUGAUGUUCAACCUUCCAGUUCCAAUGUUGAUGAAUUAAAAAUUUUGACUGAAUUUGAUGUAAACUGGAAAUAUGGUCCCAUGUGUGGUAUUACCCGUUUGGAACGAUGGGAAAGAGCUUCUAAAUUUUCCCUUGAUCCUCCACAAGAUGUGAAAAACAUUAUUUUGAAACAUGGCACUGACACCAGCUUCAACACAAGUUUAUGGGACCAAAACGACUUGUUGAAACCCAUGAUUGGAUCCAGUGCUGAAUAAAUUGGAAGCUUUUGCAUUUUUAUUUUCAUGAAGGCUCCGGCUUCAAGUUGUUGCUGCUAAUACUUUUCUGGUAUGGGCUCUGCCUUACAUAAGCCCUUUUCUUAACCUAAACUCAAACUUUUGUAUUUCACAUUUACCAUUUCAUUCUACAUACACCCCUGCAGCCCAGCAUUUUAAUACAAAACACCGCACCAUGUUUUAAAAUGUGUGGACAUGACAUAAAAUUGUUCUUAAACAUUGAAUUUAUGAAAGAGCAUAUUUUUACAGUUUAUUGAGUUUUUAUAUGUUUGAUUUAUUUUUUAUGUAAUUUAUAUAAUUUAUACACUAUGUUAUGUUGAUAACAUCUAGAUGAAGCUGUUUCUUUUCCACUCACCAAAGUGAAUGCAGCUUUGACCAGGAGGAAUUGAUAUCAUCAGAUGGUAUCCAACGAUCAUCAGGUGUUUUAACCUUGAACUGUAACACCACCACCCCUGCGUCAGCAGAGGUGGCCAAAUCACAGUAAAUAUACCCCAAAUAUUUACUUUCGAAACAGAAAUUAAUCUUUUGUAUACUUUACCAAAGCUGAUAUUUUUUGUUGUUAAACUAUAAAAUAAAUUUAUUUUUAAUUUCAAGUUUUGAAAAUAAAGAAAUAAUUGCAAAAUUUUGUUCCAAAUGAA